GAGACGAACGAGGCGCCAUCUUUCGUGCGUCUCUCCCUCCAACGAUAAGAAAAUGAUCUCGAAAUCGGUGGUCUGUGACACCUCCAAUCAGUAAAUAAAGGCGUAUAUGAACAGAACUCGCAGCUGAGCUAAAUAGAUUCAUAAUAUACAGCAACAAUUAUAUUUUCUUUCCAUUAUCCAGUGAGGCGGACAGCAGCAGCAAGGUGUUGUCUAGUAUCGCCCAUUUCGUGAUCCCGGAGCCGAUAACGAAAAGGGUGUCCGAAAUCGGGGUGUUUUUCACGCAGCGGACACGGAUAUGGCAAAGGCGGUGGACAUGAUUGACCAGACGGCUGAUUGUGUGCUUUGGUGACAUUUUUAUGCUAUUCAAGCCAAAGGUCGGUGGAAUAGUUGCCGAAAUUCCCUCGGAUCGCGCGCCCGUCACGUGUCAGGCUGUGUAGGUGGGCUGGAGUGAAGGUUUGGAGUUGCAGGCUGCCGUGCCCAUUCCUCGACCCUGCAUGGCUGCAAUGGCGCCCGCUCUGACUGACGCCUCAGCUGAAGCCCGCCACAUUCGCUUUAAACUGGCCUCUCCCUCGUCCAGUCUUUCCCCCGGCAGCACUGAGAAUAACAGCAACGGCAGCAACAUUCUCCUCUCUGACUCUGCUGGUAACCACAGCAACGGCAAGUGUCACGUCAACCCUGAUGACGGACAGAACUUUGCCCACUACCACAGCAUCAAGGGACAGGAUCAGGAUCCCCUGUCUAAAGCCCCAUCUCUGGGCAAGCUGGCACCCUUCUUGUGCUCUGAUGUCACACCAGUGCCCUCCUCUACCAAGGUCAAGGAGUCACUGAAGCUGCAAGGUGUCCUCAUAAAGCAGUCGGUGCUGAAGAGCCACAGCCUGCAGAACGGCUCCAUAUUCCCUAGUGCUGCUACGGGCAGCGACUUCCUGCUGCGCAAGCGCCACACCCUUGAGCUGACUGGAGGACAACUGAAGAGCCUUGUCAACGGAGGAGGAGCCGGGAGUACCAUGGUGCCUGUUAACGGACUCUCCAAGAAAGUGGCUGUGCCCAGUGCCGCUGUGGCUGAGAAAGGCUCCAUCGCCACUGUUAAUGGAGACAGCAACCAGCCUUCUACCAAUGAGGAAGCUUUGCUAUCUGUGUCCUCAAAGUCUGUCGGUACUUUUACAACCAGUGGACAGAAUGGUGAUGUGAAGCAACAACAGAAUUUGACACCUUGCAUUCAAGGUGUGUCAUCACAUAGUGAUGUGUGUUCUUUGUCUGAAAGCCCAGAGGUUAAAGCAGAACCAGAGAUUCCUGUUAGUGGAAUGGAUGUUAGCAACAAUAUCGCUAAUCAGCACAGCUUUGAAAACGGUCCCUCGCCCCUUAACUCCUCCUCAGUCCUUGACGACACCUCCCUCCCGACCACCAACUUGGAAGCUCUGCUCUGGGAUCGGGUUCAGCAAAGCCAACACAGGCAGACGGACAUUGAAGGCCGUCUGCUGCGCCUUCGCAAGCGCCUGCAAGUGGUGCAGUCCAAGCAGGUUGAGCGGCAUUUCAAACAUCAACUCUCUGGCUUUCUGGAUUACACUCUGACCUCGGCAUCCCCAGGCUCUAGCCGUAGGGUGGACUCAGGGUCCUGGAGAGGAUCUCGUGCUUCUACAGGCGCACGCGCUCUUAGUUUGGGCCGUUUAUUGAAAGGUGGCAGGGUGGCCGCAGAACUGGAGCGACUGCAUCUCAGCGGCACCACACAUUUGCAUGCAGUGGAGACUCAGUUUGACUCGGAUGCCACCGAGAGCAGCUCAGGAGGAGAGAGUGACAUCGAGGAGGAGGAGCUUGCCAGAGCGGAUGUUGACCAGUGUCAUAUUAAACUAUGGAGAAGAGCAGAGGGGCGGUUUGCACGGGAGAGAGCCUCAAUCAUCGGUCACUGGACGUGGCUACAGGCUCAGAUAUCAGAUCUGGAGUACCGCAUCCGACAGCAGGUUGACAUCUACCGCCAACUCCGAACCAGCAAGGGUCCUGUAGAGCUUGGAGACUCUGCCCCUUCCUGCCAGAAAACAAUAAACAUGGAGACAAAAGAGGAUGUUCUGACCUCUCUAACAUCUCAGAAUUCCACAGAACCCCAGUCUCAUUUGACAGACAGAUCUGAGAAAGGCAUCUUGAUUUGUACUGUCGCAGAAAUGUCAGACACAUGCCCUUCAAGUCCAGACAACAGUUUUACGGCUGCACGAACACGGCCGCUAGUCAGCUGCAGAAGACGACGUCUUAUUCACCCAAACACCUUCCACAAUCUAAACAGCAAGGUUCAGAGAGUGUCUUUCUCACCUCCACGAGUAUGUGAUGUCAACCCCUCAUGUGUCAUGUGUGGGGGCGUUCAUCCCCUCUCCAAACCGGAUAUACCAUACGAGUGCCCUCUGCUGGAGAGAGUCGCACAUCAAGACCACAGCAUCCACAAUGUUCUGUCCAUGCAAUCAGACGUGGCUCUGAACAUACAUCUGCAGAAGGUCUUGAGGUCUCAUUGGCAGACUCGUCGCUUUGAGAGGAUCAAACCGCUCAAGAGGAUCUCUCUGAAACGCAAGCUCUCCAUCACACCGUCAUCAUCAUCAUCCUCCUCCUUCCUCUCUAAACACAAAUUCAGACUGUCAAACUCCCAUGCGGCCGCAGUUCGAUUGGCCCGUCACAAGAUCAGGUCAGAGAGGCUGCACAGGCAGCAGGCGGAAAGUAUCUCAUGUGUCCCAAAACCAGACACACUUACGCCGUGCAGAAGGGAACGUGUACUGGACCGGAGUCACAGCAGGAAGAGGGUCCGAGAGCACUCGCUGGACAGAGCAGACUCACCAAAAGUGGUAAUGGACACUGGCAGUCUUUGUCCAUCUCUGUCCAGACUUCACUCCUCCAACACCAGUCCCUUGAGCAGACAGCUGUCACUCCCAGCUGAGAGCAGCACUCCUCUGGGCAACAGCAUGCCCAUGCGGAGAAGGAGAGGCGAGAGCCCGUUUGACAUCAACAACAUUGUCAUUCCCAUGUCAGUGGCUGCCACCACCAGAGUUGAGAAACUACAAUACAAAGAAAUUUUAACACCCAGUUGGAGGGAAGUGGAUGUUUUUGCCCAGUCGCUGGCAGAGGACGAAGAUGACAUUCCGGUGGAGGAGCUUUCAGAUGCUGUGUUCUCCAAACUACAUCAGCCGUAUGAGGAGCAGGAACGCUCUCGCUGGAGAUGGACGGCUCUUACACCUGCCAAGAGGAGAGGCAGCAGGUCCUUUAAAUCCCUGGAUGGGCAAACGACACCAUCCAUUGCGGGAACGAACCCUUCCACGCCCCAGCCUGCAUCCCCAGACAUGGGUCACUUUCACCUGCUGCAGGACUACGGGCCCGUGCCUUCCCCGCUGAGCCCACCAAGCCCCGACACACCCUGCUCCCGCGACGCGCACACACCUCACGCCAGAGACACACACAGACUGCUGUACAGUGAAGACACGUGUGGAUCCACUUCAGACUGCACCUUUGAGGAGAAGACGGUCCAGCCCUGGGAAUGUCGGAGUUUUCCUUUGCCUGAGGACCCGAUAGUAGAGUCAGAGAUGGAAAAAGAUUGUCCGAGCUUUUCUACAGACCUCAGAGCUGCCCACUGCAAGGCAGAAUCAGAGAGCGACGCCUCCUCACCAUGACGAUAAAACCUAUUAAAGCCCACCCAACAACGGGAACGACCUUAAAACCGCACCUCCUAUGGCAUUAACUGAAAAUAUAACUUGUACUAAUUAAAAAAAAAAAAUUCUGUCUGGACUUCUGUUGUUUGAUAUUCAAACAUCAGCCAAUUAUUUUCACAGUUUUUAGUGAAUAUUACAGAACAUAGAAAGCUAAACCUGUCUUUUCUCUCAGAAGAAAAAUGUAAACAAGAUGUAUGAAAGUUGUUUCCAUAAAUGUUCUCAUAGUCAGCUAAGUAUAUCAUUGGGACUUAGUGUGAUAUUCUAACCUGUCAGGUGAACACUAUGUAGUGCACUGUGUAGCAGACUUAGAGGGCUUGACCAAAGGGUGCCUCUAUGCUGACUAGUUAUAUAUGUAUGCUUGUGUUGUGAAGUGACAAAAACCAAAACCUGACAAAAAUGCUUGCCCACAUCACUUUCUCAGUUGAUUUUCAUGUAUAAGCACCAACCAGAAAUACUCUCCUCAGAUAAAAAGCACUUCACAGGGCGUCAGUAUCUUGAUUCUUAAUCUUUCCCUCUGCUCGCUCUUUCUCCAACCUCUCUUCAAUCUGUCUUUCCUUUUUAAAUCAUUUCUCACCAGCAUAUGGAGUAUAGCUAUGCUAAUGUUCAUGACAUCAUGUAUCACAUGUCGAAUGAGAAAAUUCCUCCAACAGCAAGCUUCCACCUGUUAAAGUUUAGUACACCGCAUUUUAGCUCUCACACCUCAGACUCAUUCUGCGUCUUCUCUUGAUUGUACUUUGUAAUUCCUUGAAGGAGCCAGACAUUUCACUCAGACCAACCCUUCUCAGGUUAUACAGUUGUAUGGAAACUUGUGUUAAUAAGGUGUCUUUUUCCUUUCACUCUGUCAAUGUAUUUGACAGUUUUUGUUUUGUUACCCCGUAUUAGUGUUUGUAUUCAGCACUGUUGCCCCUUUUGAGAAUCUACUUGCUAUGCAAAUCAACAUUGUUGUGGCCCUGUCCUUUUCUUCUUCAUACAAUCACAAUGUCUUUUAUUUCCUUUGUGUCUUUCUUUCUCUUCAUAGCUACUUGAGACAGGUUUCAUUGUAAUUCUGACUGUUUCAGAAGUUAACAGAAAUCAUUUGCAGAAAAAAAGAAAAGCAAAAAACUCCCUUUUGUAAAUAGUACCAUUAAAACAAAUCAAACUCCC